UCUGCCUGUUGUCGGUGGGGCAGGCUGGCCAGGCCACAGAGGCUGGAGCCUGGAGGCAUCCAGGGGAGCUGUCUGUCUCUUUUCAUGCCAGCAACAACAGGAGGCUGUUUGGACACACUGAUUACUCACGGGGCCUCCCCCUUUUGUCUGCCAGCCCACCCGACUCCUUGAGAUUGUGAAGAGCUCCAUCUCUCCUGGGAAGUGAGUUGGCUGGUGAAGCCAGACUGUGCCUGCAGCACCGACUGGCCCAUGCUGCAGCCAGAGCCCUCCCUGGGGCCGGGAGGCCAGGGCCACUGGCCUGGCCUCCUGCCCGUGCUCCUGACUCUCAUUGGCAUCGCCUGGGCAGAGGUGCAGCCACCCCAACCACCAGAGCAGGCUCAAAUGCCCAGAGCCCUGAACAGGAAGGAGAGUUUCUUGCUCCUGUCUCUACACAACCGCCUGCGCAGUCGGGUUCAACCUCCUGCAGCCAACAUGCGGAGAAUGGACUGGAGCGAGAGCCUGGCCCAACUGGCUUAUGCCAGGGCAGCUCUCUGUGGCGCCCCAACCCCAAUCCUGACUUCUGACCCACGGCGGGUUCCCCAAGUGGGCUGGAAUGUGCAGUUGCUGCCUGCAGGCUUGGCCUCCUUUGUUGAAGUGGUCAGUCUCUGGUAUGCAGAGGGGCAGCAAUACAGCCAUGCAGCAGCCGAGUGUACCCACAAUGCCACCUGUACACACUAUACUCAGCUCGUGUGGGCUACCUCGAGUCAGCUGGGCUGUGGGCGACACCGGUGCUCUGUGGGCCAGGUGGCGAUGGAAGCCUUUGUCUGUGCCUACUCUCCUGGAGGCAACUGGAAGGUAAACGGAAAGACAAUCACCCCCUAUAAGAAGGGCGCCUGGUGUUCGCUCUGCACAGCCAGUGUUUCUGGUUGCUUCAAGGCCUGGGACCAUGCAGGGGGGCUCUGUGAGGUCCCCAGGAACCCAUGUCGCAUGAGCUGCCGGAACCAUGGACAUCUCAACAUUAGCACCUGCCAAUGCCACUGUCCCCCUGGCUACACAGGCAGAUACUGUCAAGUGCGGUGCAGUGUGCAGUGCCUUCAUGGCAGGUUCCGGGAAGAGGAGUGUUCCUGCGUCUGCGACGUUGGCUAUGGGGGAGCCCAGUGUGCCACCAAGGUGCACUUUCCUUUCCACACCUGUGACCUGAGGAUCGAUGGAGACUGCUUCAUGGUGUCUUCGGAGGCAGACACCUAUUAUGGAGCCAAGAUGAAAUGCCAGGAAAAGGGAGGGACACUAGCCCAAAUUGAGAGCCAGAAAGUACAGGAUAUCCUUGCCUUCUACCUGAGUCGCCUGGAGACCACCAACGAGGUGACUGACAGUGACUUUGAGACCAGGAACUUCUGGAUCGGGCUCACCUACAAGAUGGCAAAGGACUCCUUCCGCUGGACUACUGGGGAACACCAUUCCUUCACCAGUUUUGCCUUUGGGCAGCCUGACAACCAGGGGUUUGGCAAUUGUGUGGAGCUGCAGGCAUCUGCUGCCUUCAACUGGAACGACCAACGCUGCAAAACUCGAAACCGUUACAUCUGCCAGUUUGCCCAAGAACACAUUUCUCGGUGGGACCCAGGGCCCUGAAGCCUGACCAGGCAGCUCUCCUGCCAGCCCCUGAGUGCACUAGCCCUGCAGGCCUGUCUACUCACCUGUGUGGAACAAGAACUAGGCCCAAAGUCCAAAAUGAGGUCUCAGACCUUGCAUGAUGCAGGAAGUUGGGCAGAGGGUGGCAGUGAAGCAGGUGGGGAGUGGGGAGGGUGGUGGAGAAGCUUGGCAUGGGAAGAGGAGAGCCUGGGUCCCUCAGCUGACUUUUGAUUGGGAUGAUGGGCUUCUGUGAGGCACUGAAACAGAAGCCAGAGCUAGAAGUCAGAAGAGGCUACCAUCCUCCCCCUGGGCCAACCCCUGGGGCAGCUGGAGCUUUCACCACCAGAUGCCUCCCAGGAAGGAUUAAACUAAUUUAUGAAUCGGCUGGA